CACCCCUUUGUGUCCCAGCCUCUCAGCAGGACGCUGGCCAUAGAGCUGCUGGACAAAUCCAACAACCCCGACCACAGCACCUUCAACGACUUUGACGACGAUGACCCUGAACCAGAGUCCCCGGUCUCUGUUCCUCAUCGUAUUCGCUCCAUUAGCAGGAGCACCAGGGAGGGAAAGACGCUGUCAGAGAUAAACUUUGGCCAAGUUAAGUUUGAUCCUCCACUGAGAAAGGAGACCGAACCUCAUCAUGAACCGUGUGAAUCUGAGCCCUAUCUGGACUGUGUUGAGGAGCUCUACUAUACCGCGAGAUCUAAUCUGGACUUGCAGUUGGAGUACGGACACGAUUCACCAAGUCUUCUGGGAGGAAACAAGAGUCUUCUUAAAUCUGUGGAGGAGGAGCUUCAUCAGAGGGGCCAUGUGGCACACUUAGGGGAUGAUGAGGAUGAGGAUGAUGAUGGUGCAGAUGAUGAUGAAACUCACACUCAUAAAUCGAGCACGAUCAUGAGGCCAAAGGUCCCGCCUCCCCUUCCUCCCAAGCCCAAGUCGCUCUGCUCGUCCCAACAACCCCAGCAGCUACAACAUAAACUUGACGAUAGCCAAUCACACAGCGAGGAUGACGGGGGAGGGACCAUCAAACGCUGCCCGGUCCCCGACACGGCGAGUCCCGCUAAACCCGCCUCCAACGUCCCCCCGAGACCCCCGCCCCCGAAGCUGCCGCCCCACCGCCGCAGUAGCCUAGGGAAUGGGCUGAACACAGCUCCUGCACACGGGGUAGAGAGGGAGAGUCCAGCAGACAGACAGUCCACCAUGCCCCCUGGUGUCCCAACUAGGAAGGACAAGAAGGACGUUCCGAAGCCAAUCAGUAAUGGUCUUCCUCCUACACCCAAAGUCCAUAUGGGCGCGUGUUUCUCCAAGGUGUUCAACGGCUGUCCUCUGAAGAUCCACUGCGCCACGUCCUGGAUCAACCCCGACACCAGAGACCAGUACUUGAUAUUUGGAGCUGAAGAGGGGAUCUACACCUUAAACCUUAAUGAGCUGCAUGAGACCUCCAUGGAACAGCUCUUUCCUCGGAGGUGUACCUGGUUAUAUGUCAUGAACAGCUGUCUUCUCUCCAUAUCUGGAAAAGCGUCUCAGCUGUACUCCCACAGUCUGAGCGGACUGUUCGAACAGGCCAGACAGUUAGGGAAGUUACCGGUAGCCAUUCCCACACACAAGCUGCCUGAUAAGAUGAUUCCCAGGAAGUAUGCGGUGUCCAAUAAAAUUCCAGACACUAAAGGUUGCCAAAAGUGCUGCGUCGUUCGAAACCCGUACACAGGCCAUAAGUAUCUGUGUGGAGCCUUUCAGUCCAGUGUCAUGAUGUUGGAGUGGGUCGAGUCCAUGCAGAAGUUUAUGCUCAUCAAGAACAUCGACUUCCCGUUGCCGUGUCCGUUGGAGGUCUUUGAGAUGCUGGUGGUCCCGGAGCAGACGUACCCUCUGAUCUGUGUGGCGGUCAGUAAAGGCCUCGAGCUCAACCAGGUGGUGAAGUUCGGCACCGUCAACCCCAACGCUACCUCCUCCUGGUUUACAGAAGCAGACACACCGCAGACGUGUGUGAUCCACGUCACUCAGCUAGAGAGAGACACUAUCCUCGUCUGCCUCGACAGGUCUAUAAAGAUAGUGAACCUCCAGGGCAGGUUAAAAUCCAGCAGGAAGUUGUCAGCCAGAGCUCACCUUCAACUUCAGAUCGAAGCCACAGUUUGUCUACAAGACAGUGUACUGGCCUUCUGGAGGCAUGGCAUGCAGGGACGCAGUUUCAAGACCAAUGAGAUCACCCAGGAGAUCUCUGACAGCACACGCAUCUUCAGACUACUGGGAUCAGACAGGGUGGUGGUGUUGGAGAGCCGGCCCACAGACAACCCGACAGCCCACAGCAACCUCUACAUCCUGGCAGGCCAUGAAAACAGCUACUGAGACACACACAAACACACACACAAACACACUCUCUAAACACCCCUCCACUAAUGCAAACAAGGGAGUGAGCAACCGGGAAAAGACCCCCACCCUUACCGCUUACCCCCCCCCCAAAACUCCUGUGUCCCCUUGGAGAGGAGACGAUCAAGGGGCAGAUGUGUGUUCCCAGUUGCAGACGUUUAAAAUGCACCGCAGUGUUACAUGUGUUUUAGUUGUGUUGUAGUAGGGCAGCGGGUUGUGGAGCGAGGGUUAGAAACUGCAGAUCUGAGGUCAGUUUGGGUUGAGAUAAUCGGAGGAAACUGCACCUUAGUCGAGCAAAUGAAACCCAGAAUCCUUCCCACAUUUCCCCGUAUACUGCACACUGGGAAAGCAGAAGUCUGACGUCAACACUACUUCUACUACUAGUACUACACAUAUUACUACUGCUACUUGCGCUAAAGCUUCACAGAAGAGCCAUCUUGCACAGAAAACGUUUCUCUACUCCAUCGUCCUUUCCUCUGUCUUUCAUUUCCCUCCCCUUUUUUUUUUUUUUUCAUUACACCUUUAUUUAUUGUCGCAUGAUGUAACUUUAACAACCAGGAUGGCUUUCCUGUUUUAUUUGUUUUUAAACAUAAAAAGCUUUGCCACCUCUGCUAGCAUUGAAUUCUGAUAUCCGUCACCCACACACCACACAAGUGCUUAAUUGACCUCUAUUUAAUUGUUGUAAAUAUAAAUGUAGUAUUUUUUUGACAGAGACGAACACUAAUGGUCAUGUAGAUAGGCGUGUGUAUAGUUGCUCUGUACAACUGUGGAGACAAGCGGAGAGACAGUGGGCGAGUGAUGAAGCAGUAGAUUCACUUCCUGGUUCCCUGAUCAUGUGAUGAGGGUCAGGAAGCCCUGCCGUCUCCUCAGGUGGACAGCUUCAGUAAUCUGAUAUUACUCUCAUAGUCUGGAGCUCAGCGUUGAACCGAGCUGACACAGAAAUGAUCGUUUUCAUGUUGCAUGCAUCACCAAUGAAACCCGUUUGCACCAUAGCGACAGUCGUCAGGGCAACGGGCGUUACAAAUUCUCUUCAUUCAAGUUUGUUUUUCGACAUUCACCCCUUUUUAUGGUUUUUAUCAGAACGUUUUUGUUUAUUUUGCUAUUUUUUAUCGAACCACUGGUGUUAUACAUUUGCACAGAGAAAAAGGUAUUUGAUAAACAGGUGUGAUGUCAUUCUAAUAUAUGCCCUUGUGUGUGUGCACAGUGUGUGUGUUUCCGUGUGUGUGUGUGUAGACAUAGAACAUGCACAUACCAGUGCGUCAUGUACAGAUCUGGUCUUUAACAAGUGACAGUUGUGUUUCAGCUCAAGGUCAAUUUAAAAAAAGCACCUAUAUAUUAAAAAAGCUGGAUUUACACAGAAGGAAACAUCUUUUUUUUUUGUGCAAUAAAUAGAGUUUUCAAGGGUGGGGUGCACCAUAUUAAAAGUACAAUGGGCCUUUCUGUUUAAACAAUCACAUAACAUAGUCAAAAUGGUUAUAUAUAUGACUAUCAUUAUAGGACGCUUUCACAUUUAGGCAAACCACAUUUACUGUAGGGAGCAAAUGGAAGAGCGUAGCUUAUUAGCUUAGCUUGUGACAAAAUGGAUUUGAACUUCUGUGUAAAUCCACAUUUUUUCUUUAACUGAUUGUAUUUUUAACCUCGGCCUUCACUGCUGUGACUUUUUUUAAAGGCCAACAUCUGUAUAAGAGAUCACUACAUGCAUGUAGAUGUGUGGUGUGUAGGAGCGUCUACAUGUGGCCGUACACUACGUCUCUACAAGCUGUGACGCUACAGGUAGCUUCAGAGGAACAUAGCUGAGACAUCAAUGUUAACCCUGAUAUCUUACAGAGCUGAAACAUUUUGGGUUUAUUGAUUUCCUUCGUAGAAACACAGGUAUAUAAGCUUAUAACUACUCCAAGUUAAUGCAUCAUAAAGCGACUUUUUCAGGUCAUUCACUACAAUAAAAUAUCAAUAAUAUGACGAUAGAGACCUGAUUAAGAAUAACCACCAAGGGCACAGUAAUGUCUUUGAAUUCAAUGGAAACAUUUUGAAUUUUAUAAGAAUUUGACCGACAAUUUCAAUAUUCAACGUCAUGAAAACAGCAAUGACAUCGAAUUGAAAGGAACAAUAAGUGUUUUAGAAAUAUUGAAGCUGGCUGUGGAGUAAAUGGGAGAUUACCUAAUGUCUAAAUGCAUUUCAGCUCUCUAUAGAUUUGUCACUGAAUGUGUCUACGGUGUUUUUAAAAGGGACAUUACGUCAUGCUGGUGGACAAUAAGAAAAUAAUGUAACAGCUUAGUGUAAAAGCUUUUUCUUCCACGGCUCAGAAAGUCGAUAUGUCAUAAUCCUAAUCUGUUCCUGCCACUUUACCAACAUGGCAGCAUGUCCUUCCUCUAAGCAUUCAGUGACAGGACGUCCCUAUACACUGUGUAACUGUUUUCACACAGAUCAUCUCACUGGAUUCACACUCCUUGAUACUUUACUACACUGUUGUUGUGAUGUAACAGAAGCAAACAGACCGAUAGUUUAGUGAAGUGUCGAGAGCUUGAAUCCACUGCGAGGGUUUAAAUUAUUUGGGUACUUUUGAAUUGUCUGUGCACACCUUUCUUGUAUAAAAAACCCCACAGAGAGUUGAAUUGAGACUAAGGAAAUUGGUGUCGGAGAUAUGAAAAGGCACACUAUUGCCAUGUAGUAAGUUUUUUAAAUGGGAAUUUCCUUAAUAGGCCAUAGAAAAAUGUCACAGCUAGUCUGGGGUCGAUUCACUUUUAGAUUAAGAAAGUGAAUCACUUCCCCAGAUGAGCGACUUCAUGCUAAAACAUGUGCGUCUAGCCAACACCCGUUAAUACAGAAGUGUCAUAGUGAAGUUUCAGAGCUGUAAACAAGUGUUAUUCACACAACCAGGUUAUUUGACAAUGAUAUGUUCCUAUCGAUUUGUUCAUUCAGUGUCACAAAGAUGCCAAGUCUACUAAAUAGCCUCAAAUUGACAUAGUCAACCACUUAAGCAUAUUUAAUCACAUUUCCUAUUAAAGCCUAAUUCAUUUAAUUAGAUAUUUGACUUGCUUCGUCAUAUUCAUCCUGUUUUUUGGAGAGAAAAUAACAUUAGGUCUUGUGGUAUGUCGUAGAUUUACAAUUUGAUUUGAAAGACAACCAUCAACAGCGUAAACGGUUAGUGUUGAACAUGUGCUCUGAGACUGUUGUUAAAGCGUCUUUGUCCUCUCAGUUGACGCAUGUAAAUGAUCCGAUUUAGAGAAAUCAAUACAAGUUACUAUAGAUGCAAGUUACUUAAAACACAUGAAGACAAAGUGAAUGACAGAUUCUCCUGAAAAGGACUUCAAGUUAUUGUUUUUUUUAAAGAUUUUUUUUCUUUUUUCUAAAUUGACUUGUUUUUAAUUGUCAUUCAAUCCCAAAACAAACUCAUCCUGUAUCACAGCUGCACAUCUUAACUCGUGGAAAGUACUUUUGAAUUAAUUUAAAACAUGUAAGAAAUUCUUAAAUCUGUCCCAUUGUUUUCUGUCGGGUUCAUACGUUUUAAUUGAGGGAAAACUGUCUCUUUUGCAGAUUAACUAAGUGUGUUUCUGUCGGGUUUUAAUGACUAAAUUCUGCUGUCAUAGAGCUCAUCUAUAAUCCCCUGAAGCAGGUGCCAACAUGGCAGAGAGUCCAUUUGUGUUUUAUGACCUCUACUAGAUCAAAUCAUGUGGGAAAAUAAUUCAAAGGGAUUGCUUUAGACACCAGAUAUGAGCAAAGUAAAUUGGCGUUAAGGUCAUGUACUAGUAAUCCUCUUCUGAAUAUUGAAGUCAACACCGUUGAGUUAUUUGCAAGAGCAGUUUGAUCCCAGGUCUCCUCCCUUUAUAAGUCAAAACACUUUGUUCUGUCGCUUUUUCACCACCUUUGUCUUUUGUUUUCAUAAUGCAAUGCACACGUUAUGAAAUGUAUAUAGUGUAAAAUAAAAUGGGUUUGUUUUACAUACUGUAUAAUUGCCUAUAUUUUGUUUCAGAAGUGUAACAGAUUUAUGAGAUGGCAGGUUAACACAUUAAAAAGAAGGAACUCGAAA